AACCACGAGGUGUCCAUGACGGCCCUGAGGCUCCUGCAGAGGAUGAAGAGGGACUGGAUGCACACUGGCCGGCGCCCCUCGGGCCUCUGUGGAGCAGCACUUCUGGUUGCAGCCAGGAUGCACGAUUUCCGGAGAACCGUCAAAGAGGUCAUCAGCGUGGUCAAGGUGUGCGAGUCCACGUUGCGGAAGAGGCUGACGGAGUUCGAAGACACGCCCACCAGCCAGCUGACCGUGGACGAGUUCAUGAAGAUCGAUCUGGAGGAGGAGUGUGACCCCCCUUCAUACACAGCUGGGCAGCGGAAGCUGCGCCUGAAGCAGCUUGAACAAGUUCUGUCCAAAAAACUGGAGGAAGUUGAAGGUGAGAUAUCCACCUACCAGGACGCGAUUGAGAACGAGCUGGAGAGCAGCCGGCCCAAGGCAAAGGGGGCCCUCGCCAACCUGACCAGAGACGGCUCCGUGGAGGACACCACGUCCAGUGUAUUUGGGGACGACGAUGCCGAGGACGAGGAGUUGGAAGCCGCUGCCAGCCACCUGAACAAGGACUUUUACCAGGAGAUCCUUGGUAGCGGCUUGUCCAGCAGUUCCGAGGGGGCCGGAGACCCCGAGGGGGGCGCCAGGCCCCCUGCCCUGGAGUCCCUGCUUGGCCCCCUGCCCACCGCGGCCAGCCUGGGCAUCUCAGACUCCAUCCGAGAGUGCAUCUCCUCCCAGAGCCAGGACCCCACGGACGCGUGUGGGGACGGCGAGCUGGACCUCAGUGGCAUCGACGACCUGGAGAUCGACAGGGUGAGUGUGCGUGCGGCCUCCGCCCGUGCGGCACGUGGUCUGUGCUGGCCACACCGCCCUGCCCUCCCGCGGUACAUCCUGAACGAGGCGGAAGCCCGCGUGAAGGCCGAGCUGUGGAUGCGGGAGAACGCAGAGUACCUGCGGGAGCAGAGGGAGAAAGAAGCAAGAAUAGCAAAGGAGAAGGAGCUUGGCAUCUACAAGGAGCACAAGCCCAAGAAGUCCUGCAAACGCCGGGAGCCGAUCCAGGCCAGCACGGCCGGGGAGGCCAUCGAGAAGAUGCUGGAGCAGAAGAAAAUCUCCAGCAAGAUCAACUACAGCGUGCUCCGGGACCUCAACAGCAAGGGCGGGGGCGGUCUGCAGGAGGAGGACGCACAGCCCGAGGGGCGGACCGCCACCCGGAAGCUGUCUCGGAGGAAAACGCCCGCCAGGAGGCACAGGGCCGACCCCGGGACCAGCGUGGGGAAGAGGUUGAGGCCAAUGGUGUCUGCGCAGCCGGCCAAGAAGGCGGCCGCAGGAGAGCCCUUGCCCCUGAGCCCGUCCACCCUGGGAGCCGAGCCCGCCAGGCCCACAGCGGUGCUGGUGGAGAGCGGGCCCGUGUCGUACCACCCCGAGGACGACCCCGAUGAGGACGACCCCGACGAGGACGACGGGGAGCCCUGUGUCAGCGCCCUGCAGAUGAUGGGCAGUGGCGAUUAUGGUUGUGACGGCGAGGAGGACGACGGGUACUGA